GCACACCAGCAAACUGGAGAAUUUUAAUUCUAUGCUCUUAAAGUAUGCACCUAAAAGAGUGGGGUACCAGUAAGUGUGUUUUCAAUUCUAUGUUGUAGUCAUGUUAUAUACGGAAUUGUAUUUGCUACACCAAUAAUAACCCUAUACACUUUUUAGGAAUGAUGCUUUUAUAGGUAGAACAUAUUUGGCUGCUAUUGACCACAACUCUCAUGCAUUUCGAAAACCAGCAUUUACGGCCAAUGGUAAACAAAAAGUGAGCAAGGUAUUCAGUAAGAGAUCUAAGAAUUGGAGAAUUACAACUGUGAAAGAACCAAAGACGUAUGAUUUCUGGCCCACUAUUGCGACAAGAAUAUUGAAAAAGAGAGUUGACGAUGAGGAAACCAUUCUACGCAAAGUUGAAGUGCCCAAGGAACAUCCGAAGAAUAUUGCCCCAUCGAUUGCACUGAAGCCAAUACCCAAGACAAGUGACCUAGUGGCGCAAUCUUUAUCAAGGUUUGUCUCUCGCACUGCUGGCAGUAGCCAUGAUCACACGCAAGGAGCUAAUGAAACACAGCCACAACCAACUUGUGACACUGAAACAACCUAA